AUGCCAGCGGUGAUAGAGGGCUCCUGUGUUGUCAAACCGCCGAAAGAUGUGUUUGAGGAGGGAAUCUCGGAGUGGAAAUUUGCUCAUGUUGGUCAGUUCAUUGGUUCAGCUCCAGCUUUUGGAUCCAUACAGAGAGUUGUCUCGAUGCUUUGGGGGAAGGCUUCUCCGAUUAAGCAUAAACCGAUCUUUCUUAGGAGGUGGGAACCUAAUUUGAAGGAACUUCAGUUUGAUUUGAUCCGAAUGCCGAUUUGGAUUCAUUUGUACAAUGUCCCUUUGGAGCUCUUUUCAAGGAGGGGGCUCAGCUACAUUGCAAGCGCCGGCGGGAGGCCUCUUCAUAUGGACUCCGUUACAGCUGCUCGAGAAAAGCUUGAAUAUGCUCAAGUUUGCAUUGAAAUUACUGAUGGAUCUUCCAUUCAGGAUCGCAUUGAUGUGGUAUUGAAUGAUGAGUCAGUAGCAAGCAUUAGGGUCUCUGUCCCAUGGAUGCCUAGCUCUUGCACUGAUUGUGGGCGUUUUGGUCACUCUGUGAAGUUGUGCCCUCGGGGUAAAAAACUGAAUAGAUAUGGAGGGCCAAGGGGCCUGUCAAGGAUACAAAUCAGAUUGUCCCUUCUGCUAGUGGUGGGAACUAAUAGGUCUCUUGUUGAGUGUCAUGCUACUGCCAAACCAGUGCUGGAUGAUGGUUGCGAGUUGGUUAACCAGAUUGAUAUUAUUGCUGAUGUCAGUAAAAUUUAUGAGGGGGGUACAGGUUUCACUGUCACAACCAAACAAGUUGAUCAUAUAAACAAUCCUUUAGUUAAAAGAGGUAGAGGACGACUUGCCAAAGAGGGUAAGAUUACUGGAGGAGCCUCAAAAAAUAAAUUUGAUGUCCUCAACUCCUUAGAUCCUGACAGUGUCCUGGAAAUUCCUAUUGUUGAUUCUAGUAAAAAGCAGAGAGGAGCUUCUAUGGGAGUUGCUAAGCUUGUUCAAGAGUUGAAAAUAAAGAAGAAAGAGCAUGUGGAUAAAGUCAAGAAACUUGAGGAAAGAGGGGGUGCUUCUUCCUCCACAUCUUUUUGCUGCAAUUAUGAUUAUGCUGAAAAUGGUCGUAUUUGGGUUCUUUGGAAAAGUGAUGUAGUUUGCUCCAUUAUUUCUUCUUUUAAUCAAAGCAUCAUUCUUAAUUAUCGUUUUAAGAAUAUUGAAUUCUUCAUUACUGUUGUUUAUGGGUCAAACGAUGGCUCCAUUUGCAAGCAUUUUUGGACCCAACUUUGCUCUGUGGAAGCCUCUGUGGGAGAUAGGGCUUGGCUAAUUGGUGGUGACUUUAAUUUCAUACUCAAUGCUGAGGAAAGUUCUUCUCAGAUCAAUGCUGGACGUAAACUGGAUCGGGUUCUUGUAAAUCUGAAUUGGCUCGAAGUUUUCCCUGCCUCUGAUGUUGAGUUUCAGGCACCUGGUGAUUCUGACCACUGCCUUGCACUUGUAUGGCUAAAUAUCAUUGCUGAGCUGGAAAUUGAAAAGGAGUUGAGGGCUCUUGAACAAGAUGAGUUACUAUUUUACAAGCAAAAAGAAAAAAAAUCGACUGGAUUGGGGAGAGUGAUCAAGGUACACAAAUUCCACUCCAUGAUAGCUACUAAAAGGAAAUGCAGUACAGUUAGAGUCCUCUACAAUCAAAGUGGUACCAUGCUCGACAUUGUUGAGGACAUGUCAAAUGAAGUGGUUAGUUUCUUUGUUAACCAACUUGGAGUGGCUGACCCUGAAGUUAAGGCUAGUUCUGUUAGUUGUAUCAAGGAUCUCCUUGGUUUUUCCUUGUCUUGUGAAGCAGUAGAUAGUUUAUGUAGAGCUAUUUCUGAAACUGAAAUUAAAGAGGCCUUAUGGGGACAAGGGAACAACAAGUCCCCUGGCCUAGAUAGGUAUAAUGCCUUCUUUUUCAAAAGGACAUGGUCUAUUGUUGGAGAGGAUUUCCUGAAAGCUGUUAGAUACUGUUUCGAUCAUUCUUUCGUGCUCCCUUCAUUUAAUGCAACUGCUGUGCUGAAAAGGGUAUCUUUAGCUAUCAUCCAAAGUACAAAAAGGAUUGGGCUCACCCACCUCUGUUUUGCGGACGACCUCCUCAUAUUUUGCAAGGGUACUACAGAUUCUGUUAUGGGAGUGCAGGUUGUGCUGGACCAUUUCUAUUCCAUGUCAGGGCUGAAGCUUAAUGCCAGCAAGUGCGAUAUGUAUGCUGCGGGCAUUCCUGAUGAGCAGCUCAAUAUUAUCAAGGAAAGUACUGGUUUCAAGCUGGGUAGCCUCUCAGUGAGAUACUUGGGAGUCCCGCUAGUUACCAAGAAAUUGGCUGUGAAAGAUUGCCAAGGUCUUAUUGAUAAAAUUAUAGCUAAGCUUAGCUCGUGGGCCUGCAAGCAUCUCAGCUUUGUUGGUCGUUUGCAGCUUGUUUGUUCUGUCUUACUCAACAUCACUAGCUACUGGAGCAGGCAGCUUAUUCUUCCUCAAGCAUUUAUUAGGAAGGUUGAGCGGUUGUGCUCUUGUUUCUUCUGGAAAGGGUCUGAUACCCCGACCAAAGGCGCACGUGUGAGUUGGAAGGUUAUUUGUUUGCUGAAAUCUGAAGGUGGGUUGGGGAUUAAUGAUGUAGGCGGCUGGAAUAAAUCCUGUUCUGUUCAGUUAAUCAGGAAGCUUUUGGCUAACGAUGGCUCUCUUUGGGUGGUGCCUGAAGUUGCUCCCAUCUUUGUGGGUCUAGUCCAAGAGGUCAGUAGGAGUUAUAUCUGGGACAAGCUGCGCCCCCCAGCUCUUAAGAAACGGAUAAAUGCUUGCUGUGUGGAGAAGAGGCGGAGACAAGGGAUCAUUUAUUCUUUGAAUGCCAAUUUGCAAGGGAUAUUUGAGGAUCCAUUCUUAAUCUUUGUUGCAUCUCUCGAGAAGGUUGUAGCUGGGAGAGUGAACUGGCUUGGGCUACCUUACUAUUCAAGGGUUUUUCUGCUUCUUGGGUAA